GGGUUAUUUGCCCCUGCGUCAUUCUUCUUCUCUCGUGCCUCCACCCUGCAAGAGAAACCAUUGAAACCGUGAAGCCAAAACGUCCCAGAAUCAUAACUCUUACAUUUAAUCUGAGUUUUCCAUUUAAAGCUCCACUCUUCCUUCAUAAUGAUUUCGAUCUAUCUCUUCGUUCACCCUCAAACCGCCUCGGACUCCAUCUAUAAAUAUCGGCGCUCACUUUCCCUUCACCUCGCAACUGAAACGAUUUGCUCAAACACACGAUCUCCUAGAAGCAACAUUUUCAGAUGGUGAAUUCAUACACUCUGCUUGCGAAUUUGAGAGCCGGACGAUGCUCUAAUACUGUUGAGGUCCGCUUGCUGAGGUUCUGGGAGGCCAGAAAUAUCAACAAAGGAGGGGAGUUGAUGAGUAUUGAGAUGCUGCUCAUCGAUGAGGCUGAUACCCUGGUUCAAGGGUGUGUUUCUGCUGUUCACCAACGUAAGUUCAGGGAACGUCUUGCUGAAGGAUCGGUUUACAUUCUCAGCAGGUUCGACGUUACACGCAGCAAACCGAAAUUCAAAUUGAGUGAUGGCCCUGUCUCCAUCCUUUUUUAUGAAGGAACUGAUUUUGAGAAGCUUGCUGCCACUGCUAGAAUCAUACCUACAGAACAUUUCCGCUUCCGAACACAUGAACAGAUUCUUGAGUUAGCAAACACCUCCAGACAGCUCCCAGAUGUUAUUGGGGAGGUUCGUGCAAUUAGGAGCACCAUCACAGACCGUUUACCUGGAGCACAACGCGUGAUGCUUACUCUUCGUAUGGAGAGUGAUGUAAAUGUUUGUGUAAGUCUUUUUGAUUCCUUAGCUGUUGCGUUCCACACCAAGUUGGAUGGAUACGGGCGGGAGCCACGAAUUGUCCUCAGCCAAGUGAAUGGCCCUUUUCAGUAA